GGUUGGUUUGAAUUUGUAAUUUAGAUGAAAAUUUAAUUGCGCGAGCUUCAAUUCGAAAAUCAUUUGCUCCAAUACAAAAAAUACAUCCGACUUUCUCAUAUGAAACAAUAAGUUAUCGUUAUUUAUCUCAGCGUAAUAUGCCGUAGUGACAACUGGUGGAUAUAGGCCUUCUUAUCUUUCUAUAGAUAUCAUCCGCUCCUUAAGAAAGAAGACAUAUUACAUGUUAAUUUCCGGGAACUAAAAUUUUCAUGUUUGAACAAAACUGGACCACAGUAUUUUUUACCAAACGUCUUGUCAGUGAAAUGUCCAUCUGGCCUUACAUAUUUGCAGAUAAAAUUACCUUUGACUAAUCUAUCUAACUCCACCAACGGUUUUCAAAAAGAGCUGUCAAAGAUAUUUCAUUGGGAAAACAGCAAUACAGUUCGAUUUCUAAAGUUUGGUAUUUCAGUUUGCAAUUGGUAAUCGAAACAACUUCAUCUUUGAACACAACUACCUGGGCUGCAGUAUUUUUUGCAAACAUCUUGUCAGUAAAAUGUCGAUCUGGCCUUUUAUUUGCAGAUGCAAUUAUACUUGAGGAAUCUAUCAGACAUCGCCGGCGGUUGUUAAAAAGAGCUGUCUGAAAGGUUCAGCCGAGAAAACACCAAACUCUUCGAUAUCUGAAGUAUUGCUAAUCGCCACAAUGGACAGAAACACAUCAAGCGAGAAUGAUUCAGCACGUUAUUACUCAAACUCUGAAGACAUUUCUCGUCUCAAGUCAUUUUUCGUCAUAAACAGUGUUCUGAAUGCUCCAUUGAUGAUCACGUCUAUCAUUGCCAAUGCUUUGGUGCUGGCCGCCAUUUUGAGAACGCCUUCGCUUCGCUCACCGUCCUUAACCCUGCUCUGCAGCUUGGCCGUGUCAGAUUUUUUAGUUGGAAUUGUCGUACAACCACUUUAUAUCGUCAACCAGAUUGCAAACGUACGUGCAUGCCCCAAAUUGCGAAUAACCGAAAUAAUGCAAUUCUCGUUAUGCGGAGUUUCCCUUUGUACAAUAACUAGCAUAAGCUUGGAUAGGUUUGCCGCCCUUCACUAUCACAUGAGAUAUGCUGCUGUGGUAACCGUGCGUCGUGUUACCUAUACGUUAAUAGCAAUGUGGAUUAGUGCGUUUACAUUGUCGGGAUUUUACUUUUGGAACAAGAACAUAUUUUUUGCUGGCACAGGCGUGGCCAUUUGUGUUUGUUUCUUGAUAUCCACAUUUUCUUACAUCCGAAUUUUUAGGAUCGUUCAACAACAUCAGUUACGGAUUUACUUUCAACGCCAAGUAAUACAAGGAUCAGAAGAAAACAAAUUUAACAUGGUGCGAUUAAAGAGAAGUGCCAUAAACACAUUUAUAUUUUACGUUUUUAUUAUUCUGUGUUAUCUGCCAAUGUUGAUUUCCUUGUCACUGUACGUCAUUUCAAGAGACGAUUGGACGACCAUUUGGAAUUUAGCUGACACUGUGCUCUUUAUGAACUCAACUCUGAAUCCUUUUUUGUAUUGCUGGCGUCUUAGAGAACUUCGAACUGCAGUUUUAAAGGCAGCUAGGCGAGUGUUUUGUCAAAAAAGACAAAAUUAAUCUUUUUC